GAUAUAAGAUAUAUAAGAGUGUUAGUGUGACCUAAAGGUCAUUGAGUUUAAAGAUAUUGAGCAAGAAGGAACAGUUUAAAGUUAAAUAUGAAGAUUUUAGUGAGUAGGAUUUGUAAACAUUCAAAAGCAAGAAAUAAAAAUCAGUCACUAUUUUUAAAAAUUAUUAAUAUUGGAUUUAUUUUUUAUAUUUUAAUAUCAAAUACGUCGGCUGCUAGUGAUGAAAUACAAGACACUGCUGGGCGAAUAAUAAAAUAUCGGGACACGAGUAUAAAUCCAUGUGACAAUUUUUAUCAAUUUGCUUGUGGUAAUUACGCACGAGCGAAUGCCACUUCGAUACAUGAACAACAAAAAUCUAUAGUUGCUGAAAAAAUAAGCGAUUUGAUCCAAAAAGGAACCGGAUCCAAGGACUUCAAGCCCUUUAAGCUCAUUGACGACCUAUAUAAAACAUGCAUGAACGAAAAUGCUAUGGGACAAGAAGCUUUGGCUAUUCUAGACCGAAUUCUAAAAAAAUUAGGCAAUUGGCCAGUUUUUGAAAACGAUAAAUGGAAAGAGUCGAAUUUCGACUGGAUCGAUUUUACUAUAGGAUCAAAAAAAAUAGGGUUGGAUAUCAAUUAUUUUUUGGAUUUAAAACCCUGGCGGCUAGUGGAAUCAAAUAAACCUUCCAUAAGAUAUUUAAUAGACAUCGCACCAGCCGAAUUCAAAGGUCCUGUUUUCAAUGCAUCUGAUCCUCUGUUGGUUGCUUACGGAAAAUAUAUCGCGAAUGUAUUUGCGUUAUUAAAAAACAAACAAAAUUCCUCGAAGGAAAUAAAUGAAAUUAUUGAAUUUGAAAGCCGGAUUUCGGAAAUAAAUUUGCAAAACUGUAAAGAAGCCUACAGAGAAAAAUUGACAAUCCAAGAAUUGAUAAAAAGAUGGCCGUCAAUAAAUUGGAAUGAAUUAAUAAACAAUAUUAUAAUACGUAACCUAAAAACUCCUGUAGAAAUAAACGAAAUUACUUUAUGGUCCAGCCAUGCCGUCUCUGAAUUCAUUGAACUCUUGGAAAAAACUCCAAGACAUGUUCAAGCAAAUUACGCAGUAUGGAAAAUAAUUCAAAACACAAUUCCCCGUUUAAGUGAAAAGUAUCGUAACCUAAAACGCGAAUACUGUUUAACUCAGACAUGUGAGAAUACGACACGUGCGUUCUCUUGCGUUGGCGUCGUCAAACGACAUUUAGCACCCGCUGUUAAUUUACUGUAUGCUAAAAAUUAUUACGAUAAUGACAUCGACACGGUUAUUGGUAAUAUAAUAGAUAAUUUGAAAGAGGUUCUAGUGAAUUUGGUCAAUGAGUCAACUUGGAUGGACCAGGAAACCAAAAAAAUGGAAAUUGAGAUGAUUAAAAAUACGCAAUUUGUUAUUGGUUACGAGGAAAAAAAUAAAAGUGACGAUGAAUUUGUUAAAUAUUACGAAAAGUUGGAAGUCGAUACGGAUAAUUAUUUCCAGACUUUAUUGAAUUUAGAAUUAUUUGAUAUUGAAAAUAGAUUUGAUAACAAUACGGGUUUAGAAGCUGAAAGUUUACUUAAACUUUUUGACAGUUUUUAUCCUUUGAAUAUAUCAGGAAAAAUAUACAUACCAUGGCCAUCACUAAGCAAACCAUUUUUUGAUGUCAAUUAUCCAAUGUACAUAAAUUAUGGUUAUAUAGGAACAUCUAUUGCCAAUAAUCUCAUCGAAAUUAUUACCACUUUAGUAAAAGAUUUUGAUCAUGACAACGCCAUUAAUAAUGGAACAAUAACAUGCUUUCGUAAUCAAUCAAAUAUUUUGAAUACUAUUUAUCAUAAGUCAACAGUAUUCGAUUUUUCAGUAAUACCACAAAUUACUGCGCAAAUGAGUAUAAAAAUUUCAUAUCUAGCUUACCGACAAGCCAGUAAAAAUGUUGAAGAAUCAUUGCUACCGCAAUUACCCUAUUCAAAUAAUCAAUUAUUCUGGAUCAAUUCCGCACAGAAUUUAUGUACAGAUGAUUUACCAAAUGAGCCGAAAAUAAUUGAUGACAAAUACACAGCUUUUGAAUUUUAUUACGUAAAAUUAUUAACAAGCGUCCGAGAAUUUUACGAUGACUUCAAUUGUUCAAGUGAUAAAUCAUUCAUUAAAUUAUAUGGAAAAUCAUGUAUUUUACUGCGAAAGGAAGUGGAACGGCUCAUUCCAAUUAUAGGAAUUAUUUGCUUUAUUGCUCCAUUUGUAACGUCAGCUACUAUUGGGAAUAUAAAAAAUAUUACAGCUGAUAUUCUUAAAUAUCGUAAUACCGAUGUCAAUCCCUGUGACAACUUCUACCAAUUCGCUUGUGGCAAUGCCAAAGGAAACCCAGAAGUAUCAACCAACUUCGUUUCUGUCGUAGAUAAGAGUAUGGACGAUUUGAUUCAGAAGCAAACUUCGUCAAGCUUUAAACCGUUCAAGCUUAUCGAGGAUCUUUACAAAACGUGUAUGAAUGAUAAGGCCAUUGGACAACAAGCUUUGGAUCUGUUGAAAAAAGUUAUCGAAAAAUUGGGCGGCUGGCCUAUUUUGACAGGUAUCAAAGACUCUAAUUUCGACUGGGUAGACUUCACUAUUGAAUCCAAGAGAACCGGCCUGAAUUUCGAUGUUUUUUUGGACAUCGAACCUGAAAUAUGGCCGUAUUUCAAUGAAGGGUCAAUGAAAUACUUUAUCUACGCCGUACCAGAAGUGUGGAAGAACAAAAGUUCCAAUUCUUUGGAUGAACUGAGUACUGCCUACCAGAAUUAUAUUGCGAAAAUUUCUACUUUACUAGGAAACAAACGAGAUAUUUCAAAAGAAAUCGAUGAAAUCAUCGAAUUCGAACGAAAAAUUUUAGAGGUUCGUUGGGGCAAACAUUCGGGGAACGGUUCCAAUGAAAUAGCGAUUGAAGAAUUAAUCAAAAAAUGGCCAUCAAUAAAUUGGGAUAAAUUAAUCAAUAAUGUCAUAAUAAAUAACCUUGAAACUCCUAUAAAAAUUUCUGAACUCUCUUUAUGGGAAACACCAUCUCUCCCAAAUUUUAUUGAACUUUUUGAGAAAACUCCAAAACACGUGUUAGCAAAUUACGCUGUAUGGAAAAUAAUCCAAAACACGGUUCCCUAUUUGACGGAAGAAUAUCGUGAGUUAAAACGCGAAUAUUGUCUAACCCAGACCUGUGAGGAUACGGCGCCCGCACUCUCUUGCGUGAGCGUCGUCAAACAAUAUCUAGGACCCGCUGUUAAUUUAUUGUACGCUAAAAAUUACAUCGGUAGUGAGAUCGUAAAUGGCAUUGAAAACAUUAUCGUUAAUUUGAAAGCGGUACUGAUAGAUUUAGUCAAUGAGUCAACUUGGAUAAACCAGAAAGAAAAGAAAGAGGAUAUUGAGAUAAUUAAAAAUACGCAAUUUGUUAUUGGUUUUGAAGAAAGAGAUAAAAGCGACAAUGACUUUGAAAAAUACUACAAAAAUUUGAAUAUUGAUACCAAUAAUUAUUUCCAGACUUUAUUAAAUUUGGAAUUAUUCAAUACAAAUAAAAAAUUUAAUAAUAUUACCAGUCUAGGUCUUCAGAAUGCAAUUAAUCCAAUGAAAUUUAAUUUUGCUUUCAGUACUUUUGGAAGAAUAUAUAUAUCGAUGAGCCUGUUUCGAGAACCUAUUUUCGACCCCGAAUAUCCGAUGCACGUAAACUUCGGUCGCUUGGCACCAAUAAUUGCCAUAGAGCUUUCGAAAGUUAUCUACAAUGCUGAGCAUAAGUCAAGUGAAGAAUUGAUUUCAUGUUUCCGUCAUCAGUAUGAUAACUAUACCAACUUUGAAGAAGUUCGACAAUAUGCCAGUAAUGCGAAGGUAAGCUGGCGAGUUAGUUUUUAUAUGGGUUACAAGAUCGCAUACCUGGCCUACCAACGGUGGGUAAAAAAUAACGGAAUCGAGCCUGCGUUACCAGGAUUACCCUACACGAAUAAUCAACUUUUUUGGAUAGACUCAUUGCGCAUUAGUUGCAUGGAUACUUCAAACUGGCCUAAAGUUAUUGAUGGCAAAUAUAACAUUUUUGAAUUUGGUUACUUCAAAGCCGUAACGAGUACUGAACAUUUUUCUGAUGCCUUCGAGUGCCCUAAUAAUGAAUCAAGUUUUAUAUAUAAUUACGGGAAAUCCUGCACAUAUUUGUAAUUUCGAUUAUUAUAUGGCACAAAAAAAAAUGAUGUAUAUCAAUUUCUGUAUUUUGUAGAUCAAUAUACACACUGAAAAAAUAAUGAUAACUUAUUACUAUCAUGCGAUAGAGAAUGAUUGACAUAUUGCAUGUGAUAAUCAUUGUCAUGCUUAUAUCUCCCAUUAAAAAAAUUCAUAAAAAAUAUGUAUGUUAAAAUAUAUGA